CCCGCCCCGCGCAGCCCAGCCGUUCCCGCCCUCGCCCAGCGCCCAGGUAGCUGCGAGGAAACUUUUGCAGAGGCUGGUUAGCGGCUAGUCUCUCGCUCCUCAGGGCCACUGCCAGGCUUGCCGCGUCCUGGGACUGCUCCCGCUCCUGCUGCCACCCUCUCACCGCGCAUCCUAGCUCCCGGCGAAGCAGGAUGGCCGGGCCCGUGCGCACCGCGUGCUUGGUGGUGGCGAUGCUGCUCAGCUUGGGCUCCCCGGGACAAGCGCAGCCCCCGCCGCCGCCGCCGGACGCCACCUGUCACCAGGUCCGCUCCUUUUUCCAGAGACUGCAGCCCGGACUCAAGUGGGUUCCCGAAACCCCCGUGCCAGGAUCAGAUUUGCAAGUAUGUCUCCCCAAGGGUCCAACAUGCUGUUCAAGAAAGAUGGAAGAAAAAUACCAACUAACAGCACGGUUGAACAUGGAACAACUGCUUCAGUCUGCAAGUAUGGAGCUCAAGUUCUUAAUUAUUCAGAAUGCCGCGGUUUUCCAAGAGGCCUUUGAAAUUGUUGUUCGCCAUGCCAAGAACUACACCAACGCCAUGUUCAAGAAUAACUACCCGACCCUGACUCCACAAGCUUUUGAGUUUGUGGGUGAAUUUUUCACAGAUGUGUCACUCUACAUCCUGGGUUCUGACAUCAACGUGGAUGACAUGGUCAAUGAAUUGUUUGACAGCCUGUUUCCGGUCAUCUAUACCCAGCUAAUGAACCCGGGUCUGCCCGAGUCAGCCUUUGACAUCAACGAGUGCCUCCGAGGAGCAAGACGUGACCUGAAAGUGUUCGGUAACUUCCCUAAGCUGAUUAUGACCCAGGUUUCCAAGUCACUGCAAGUCACUAGGAUCUUCCUUCAGGCCCUGAAUCUUGGAAUCGAAGUGAUCAACACAACCGAUCACCUGAAGUUCAGUAAGGACUGUGGCCGAAUGCUCACCAGAAUGUGGUACUGCUCUUAUUGCCAGGGACUGAUGAUGGUUAAGCCUUGUGGUGGCUAUUGCAAUGUGGUCAUGCAAGGCUGUAUGGCAGGAGUGGUGGAGAUUGACAAGUAUUGGAGAGAAUACAUCCUGUCUCUCGAAGAACUUGUGAAUGGCAUGUACAGAAUCUAUGACAUGGAGAAUGUACUGCUUGGUCUCUUUUCGACAAUCCAUGAUUCCAUCCAGUAUGUCCAGAAAAAUGGAGGAAAGCUGACUACCACCAUUGGCAAAUUAUGUGCCCAUUCUCAACAACGCCAAUAUAGAUCUGCUUAUUAUCCUGAAGAUCUGUUUAUUGACAAGAAAGUAUUAAAAGUAGCUCAUGUAGAACAUGAAGAAACCUUAUCCAGCCGAAGAAGGGAACUAAUUCAGAAGUUGAAGUCUUUCAUCAGCUUCUAUAGUGCUCUGCCUGGCUACAUCUGCAGCCACAGCCCUGUGGCGGAAAAUGACACCCUUUGCUGGAAUGGACAAGAACUCGUGGAGAGAUACAGCCAGAAGGCAGCAAGGAAUGGAAUGAAAAAUCAAUUCAACCUCCACGAGCUGAAAAUGAAGGGUCCUGAGCCAGUGGUCAGUCAAAUUAUUGACAAACUGAAGCACAUUAACCAGCUCCUGAGAACCAUGUCUGUGCCCAAAGGUAGAAUUCUCGAUAAAAACCUGGAUGAGGAAGGGCUUGAGAGCGGAGACUGCGGCGACGAUGAGGAUGAGUGCAUCGGAGGCUCUGGUGAUGGAAUGAUGAAAGUGAAGAAUCAGCUCCGCUUCCUUGCAGAACUGGCUUACGACCUGGACGUGGACGAUGCUCCUGGAAGCAAGCAACACGUGAAUCAGAAGGACAAUGAGCUGGCCACCUCACACAACCUCGGGAAUGCCCGGUCCCCGCUGCCGCUGCUCGUCAGCAUGGCCAUUUAUGUGGCGUGCUUCUUCUUCCUGGUGCACUGACUUCUUAGUGCCCAGUCCCCGUGCUGCCCUGCAGCACCCUGUGGUUUUCCUGCAUAAAGGGAACCACCUUCUUAUUGUUUUCUAUUUUUUUAUCUCGUAUACCUCCUCCAGCCAUUAAGUAGAGGACUAACCACGAGUUACGUUUUUCGAAAAUCAAAUGGUAUCUUUAUGAGGAAGGUAAAUUUUAGUGGUAGGAUAGAUUGUCCUUUUGCAGAGAAAAUGAAAUCAACUUGUGCCAAAUUAUUUUCCUAUGUUUGGCUGCUAGAACAUGGUUACCAUGUGUCUUUCUCUCUUUCUCUUUGCAUGGAUUUCUUUGGAAAAAAAUAAA